UAUACUCAAUUAAAAGUGGCUCCAACAAAAGUUAAAACCCCACCAAAAUUGAGAAAACAAACUCCGGUAAAAACUAUUAAAAAACCAACCAAAGUAGUAAAAAGAACAGCUAAAACAGUUGUAAAGAAACCCAAAUCUGAUACUAAAAAUCCAACCAGAGCAGUAAAGAGAACAGCUAAAACAGUUGUAAAGAAACCCAAAUCCGAUACUAAAAAUCCAACCAGAGUAGUAAAGAGAACAGCUAAAACAGUUGUAAAGAAACCCAAAUCCGAUACUAAAAAUCCAACCAGAGAACAGAUAAAACAGUUGUAA